AGUACGCCUCACCUCCAGGCUCCGCCCCCUCCCGGUUGUGUGUCAGCAGCCGCGCCCCGCCUGCCAGUCAGUCAGGGAAGCAGGCGACGGAAUCUGCGUUCCCGUGAGCCGCUCACUCUCCGAGCCCCAAGGCCCCGCCGAUCCCGCCGAAGCCAUUUCGUUCCCGACGCCGGGGCCAGCCGCCGAGAUGUCUACAAGUGGGCCUCCUCCUCCUGGUGCUGCCUCUGGCAGUAAUCGCCGACUUCAGCAAGCACAAAAUCAAGUAGAUGAGGUAGUGGACAUUAUGCGAGUCAAUGUGGACAAAGUUCUGGAGCGAGAUCAGAAACUUUCUGAGUUGGAUGACCGUGCCGAUGCGCUGCAAGCAGGGGCUUCCCAAUUUGAGACAAGUGCGGCCAAAUUGAAGAGGAAGUACUGGUGGAAGAACUGCAAGAUGUGGGCGAUACUGAUUACUGUUGCAAUUGUCAUCAUCGUCAUCAUCAUUGUGUGGAGUGUUUCUUCAUGAACAACCAGUGAAGCUCAGGCCUGUGGUUUGAGAAAUGUCAUCAAGUCUUUUGACUUAAGCCUGCUGUAUUAUCAAAUUUGUGUACUGUUAUAUAUAAAACAAAAUUAUUUUUGUUGGUUAAUGUAAAGUUCAAUUUAUAGGAAAUUGUCUCAAAUAUAUCUGUGUGUGUGCAUAUUCACACAUACAUAUAUAUAUGUACAUAUAUACACACACAUACAUACAUACAUAUUAUUAUUAGAAAUCUCAGUAGCCCAACUCACAUUUUGUACAGUGCCUUGAUAAACUUCCAUAUGGGCUGAUAAAAAGGACUUCUUUAGAACCAGAAUUUCAUGACUUAGAAGUAAUAUUGUUAUAAACUUUCUAGAAACAGGGUUUAAAACAUUUGUUCAAGCCUGCUUUCCUCUUCACAUGAAUUCCAUAUUUUCUAAACUACAUUUUAAACCAAUGAAUAAUCAGAUGUACAAUGUGUGCCUUCCUGAAAGAAAACUAAACUACCACUUAGCACAAAUCUGCCAUGUUGAACAGAGUGUGCCUUAUUUUGAUAUUUUUCUGAUGCCUUACCAAAUAACCCACUACCCUCUGUAAACACUACUGAAUGUUUUCAUUGUAUUUUACGUCAGAUAGUGAUGAAAUAUGAGAGUGUAUACCUUUAAAAUGUUGGCAAGAGAAGGUCUUCUGAGUCAUUGCUGAGGAUGUGUAAAAUGCUUGCUUUCCCUACCUGUGUAGCCUGCCACUUGUUAAAUGUGUGCACAUGCACACACACACAUCAUUUAAACCAAAAAUAAUUUCUUUAAAAACAUGACUUUUGGAAUAGUGUGUGGAUAGUAUCAAAAUUUUUAUUUUUGCCAAAAUGUUAAAUGCCAAUAAAGAUUCUUGGCCUUUUCCUGUUAUGUUUGCCAUAGCUUAAGAAAGUUCCAAAUGAAGUCAGAGUUCCAGAAGAAUUAGAAUAUUAACAUUGCAUUCAAACUUUAUAUUGACUCACAAAACUUUCUUUUCUCUUUUAAAGUGCUUUAGUUACUGUGUUUCUGCUUUUGUUUUUACCUAAAAAGCCAAAUCAGAAGUGAAGUGGAACCGGUUCACUCCUCUGUACUUUCACCAUAUUCUCCAUCUAGUGUAUUUUAUCAGGUAGUCUGCAGUAUGAUCAACCACUUUUGGCAUGUCCCCUAAAACUUUGUGUGAAACAACUUUGCACCUAGUCACACUAUCCAUGACUUUGACUCAUAGUUCUUGGCCCCAGUUACAGUUGGUUGUAUGUUUUUGUUUCUCCCAGUUCUCCCUCCAUUUCCCAAAUCACACUUCUAAAUUAUGCUUUCUUUUUGUCCUUUGAGGUGGCCACUGGCACUUUUUACAUGGGAGAGAUGCACAGGAAAUUGGACUUUUUCACAUGACCAAUUGUGUGAAUAAAGGGUUACUUUGGAAAUAGCUACUGUUAUUUAUUUAUUUAUUAGUUAUUUCAGAUUUCAUCCAUCACACAUGCAUCAGUUACUCUUCAAAAAAAAAAAAAUACUCUUUCUGUGUUAGAAUACAUGACCUGAACAGCAGAUUAUAUGGAUAGACAAAAUAACCACAGGAGAUCUUAGGGCCAAAAUGAGAUUUCAGCAUAAUGUAUACUCAUUGUUCUGAAGUUGCUUCAGUUUUUGCGUAUAACAUAACAAAACUUGUGACAUAAAGGGCAAAUGAGAGUUGAGUUCUGUGUUCUUAAUGUCUGUUCCUCUGCUGUCACUGAAAUAUUUUAUCUUUAUGUAGAAACAACUUGUGCUUUGUACAGCUCUGGUGGGGGAGCAGCUGUGAGUUUACCAAAUAUCACGAAUACCUUUGCAGAAACUCCCUGGUUGUCACGCCAACACUUUGUUGCUCCUUCCUUUGCCUUGGCAUCUAACCCCAUUUAGUCCACCAGUUACUGCCUUAAACCAGGAAUGCCUUGCUUGUCUCUGACCAUGUGUCUAAACUGGGGUCCUCCCGUGCUGUAAUGUGCUGAAUAAAAGGUUUAUGAAUGUAA